CUACCUCGUUCGAUCUUAUUCUCUUCGAUAUUUGAUUCGCUUCUAAUUAGUGCUGCCAAUCCUUGAAUCGGACCACGUUUUCGUUUGAUUCUCGUUCUCCUCUUUCGUUUGAUCCCAAACACGACUCCUUUUGUGAUCUUUACCACAUUCUAGGUUUAGGGUUUCGAUUAGGUUCUCAAAGACUCUGUAAUCGUCUAAUCUCUUGUACGAUUGGUACAUAUUUGUUUGUUUCGAUUUGCGUUCAUCAUAUAUCUCGUUCGGAUUUCACAUAUUAUUCCCUGUCGCUUACGAAUUUAGGGUUUCGAAGCGUUCGACGUUUUAGGGUUUCUAUUUCUGUAAAUUUGUCAAGGGUUCUUUAAAUUGUUUGAGGGGCUUGACUCCUUUUGUUAGUCUACGACAUUUUCACGCUCGUGUGGGUUCUAAUUUCGCCCUUUGCCCAGGUAGUUGAUAAUCUAGCGUUAGGGUUCCAAAACAAAUUGGGGGUUUUUCUAUUUGGUGAAAUUGAUUUAGGGUUUCUGGUCCUUGACGUGGAGAAACUACCUUUAGGGUGGAAUUCUUUAUCAAUUUCUCUUUAAUUAGAUUUUGGGUUUUCCCUGUGACCUUAAUCUGCCCUCCCAAGCGCUGCGUAGGCGGGUUGCUGUCAUUGAUUUUGAAGGGCUUGACAAGAAUCAGAAUGGGAUUUAAACGGUGUUUUGAGGCCAAUGAAUUUGAGGAUCUUCCUUUCAACAAGGCAAAGCGUUUGGAAUGCAAUGACAAAUUGGUUUCAUUUGCUGGUACUGAUAAUCCCAACAGUGCUCCAGUGAAGCCUAUUGCUUCAGGGAAAGAUGAGGAUGGCUUUUACAAUAUUCAGUGGUAUGAUGCAAUCGAACCAGAGACUGUCACUGGAACCGCACAUGCUGCCGAGAAGGAUGUUGAGACCAGUGGCCACUUCAGCAGCGGUUAUAGUGAGGACGGUUCUGGUUCUGGGGCAACAUCAUUGCCUGCUUCUUUAGAUUCCUUGGAAUUUGAUUUUCCACGGAAAGCAAGUGUUCCUUUGGAUGAUGCCUAUUCAGUUCUUGAUAGCUUCCCAAGAAGACAAGUUCCUAUUGGACCAAAUCAUCAAGCCACCAUUCCAGUCUGGAAGGGAAGAGGGGGUGAGAUAUCAGUGUUGACAGGCUCCAAUGAUGUUCAUGGCACUGAAGAGAGUUUGAUGGGGACUUGUGUGAUCUCAAUGCCCAAGUCGAGCUUCUAUUCUUGUAAGAACGGCAAGGAGGAAGAAGGCAGAACAGAAUGUAACUGUCUGGAUCAAGACUCCAUCAGAUGUGUUCGACAGCAUGUUCAGGAAAAACGUGAAAACUUGAUAAAGACUCUUGGAAAUGAAACAUUUAUGAACUUGGGGUUUGAUCGCAUGGGAGAGGAGGUUGCACAUAAAUGGAGUGAAGAAGAAGAAGAUUUAUUUCAUGAAAUUGUCUACUCAAAUCCUGCAACACUGGGUAGAAACUUUUGGAGGCGGCUGUCAGCUGCAUUCCCUUCUCGAACAAAAAAGGAAAUUGUCAGCUAUUAUUACAAUGUCUUCAUGCUUCGGAGAAGGGCUGCUCAGAACAGAUCCAGAUUUCUCAAUAUUGACAGUGAUGAUGAUGAAUGUCCCACAGGCAAUAAUGUGAGCUUCUUUGGGUUUCAAGUUUCAGAAGAUGAUGACUCUGCCAUUGAGUCUCCUGAUGAUCAAGAUGUCCAUGUGGGAAACCAAGAUAAUUAUUCUGAUGAUGAUGGUGAAGAUGACAACAGCGACAAUGGAACUGGUGGCGAUGUCAUUGGUAUUGGUGGGUAUGACAAGGGAAACAGCACUGACUCCAGCUCUCAGAUUGAGAGCUGGUCUGAACCUGUUCAACAAGUCAAUGAGACUCUGGGGAUUUCAAUUGGUUCGGGUGUGCAAGAUGAUUCUUGCAUGUCCUUUGAGUGUCAGAUCAAUAUGGAUGAGCCCUGCCCCCCAUGUGGUCACGAUUAUGCUAGUCCUGCUCUGCAAGCUGGUGGAUUUAAAUGUGAUCAGAGCCCAUUCAUUCCGGGCAUACUUGAUUUCUCCAGUGAUACUCUGGAGCAUGUUUAUUUUUCAGAGCCUAGUGAUGCUAAGGAUUGGUAUCCGGGGUACUCCACAGGUCCAGCCUCUGAUAUUGACUUCUCGGCCACAUCCAAAUUAAUUGAAGAGUUUCUGGGUCAGGUUACUCCAGAUCGGAAGACCAAAAAUGACUGACUUGUUAGCCUCAGUGGUUCUUAUGGCACUACAGGCUUUAGUUGCUUGAGGUUGCCAAUUAAGAUUUUGGGUUAAUGGUCUGUUUCUUGCACAAGCAGAAAUUCCUUGGUGGUUGGGCUGGUGGCUCAGUUGUGAGACGUAUUUGGCUGGAAAGCUUUUUAUUUCUCUCCUUCCCUGGAGAAAAUUUCUCUCUUGUGUCAGUUGAGGCGCCAAAUCUCUCUCUGGUGCCUCAAUUUUAGAGCAUCACCGGAGAAGAAUACAGAAUCUCACGGGCAAUGUUCUGAAAUAAUUUUCUCAGUUAUUUUUUUUCUUGUUAGUGGGGGUGAGAAGGGAAUGAAAAUACAUUUGGUUAUAACUGUAUAUAUCCGACUGGUCACACCAUUCCCAAAAAUCUCGGUUUUCACCCCCCCAGGGUUAUUUAUUUUUUAUUUACGUUACUCCAAAUUUGUAAUUUUUGGGGCAAGCCCCGAAUUUGUAUGAUAAUGGAAAGCUUUAGAAUCGAGAUC